UCCUGGAUCAGACACGUCUAUCCUGAACACUUAUUAAUGGAUCAGAGCAAGAGCUCCUGUCUGCUCAUUCACUCAGACAACAGAACAGGAGCUGGAGUGAAGAUAGGCUAGCUCAUACCCAUAAAAGUGGAGGUAAUUAAAAGCCCCAACAGUAGUAAAAGAGGCAACUGCAUGCAAAAUAACCACAUAACGAGAGAAACAGAGCAAUUCUAGUACAUAGGAACCAGGCAUCUCACCAUUCGGAAAAUAGGCACAGCAAACUGAUGGUGGUGACAAUGUCUCAGAUAGAAACAAGUGUGCGGUACAACCACACAUAUGAAGAGGAAGAGGAGUACAUGAUACAGGAGGAAGAAUGGGACAGAGACCUGCUCCUUGACCCAGCGUGGGAGAAACAACAAAGAAAGACAUUUACAGCUUGGUGUAAUUCCCAUUUAAGAAAAGCAGGCACAGAAAUUGAAAACAUAGAGGAAGACUUCAGAAAUGGACUUAAACUCAUGCUGCUCUUAGAAGUUAUUUCAGGUGAAAGACUACCAAAACCAGACAGAGGAAAGAUGCGAUUCCAUAGGAUUGCUAAUGUCAACAAGGCCCUGGACUUUAUUGCUAGUAAAGGAGUGAAACUUGUAUCUAUUGGAGCAGAAGAAAUCGUUGAUGGAAACGUGAAGAUGACAUUGGGUAUGAUCUGGACUAUUAUCCUCCGCUUUGCAAUUCAAGAUAUUUCAGUGGAAGAAACAUCUGCUAAAGAAGGCCUCUUGCUAUGGUGUCAAAGGAAGACUGCUCCUUAUAGAAAUGUUAAUGUUCAGAACUUCCAUGUAAGCUGGAAAGAUGGUCUCGCACUGUGUGCGCUCAUCCACAGGCAUCGGCCUGACCUCAUUGACUACUCCCGCUUAAAUAAGGACGAUCCUCUUGGCAAUCUGAAUCUUGCUCUAAAUGUUGCUGAGAAACACCUGGACAUUCCAAAGAUGCUGGAUCCUGAAGACAUUGUGAAUACUCCUAAACCUGACGAGAGAGCUAUCAUGACUUACGUUUCCUGCUUCUACCAUGCAUUUGCUGGAGCAGAGCAGGCAGAGACAGCAUCUAAUAGGAUUUGCAAAGUCCUUGCAGUAAAUCAAGAAAAUGAAAAGCUAAUGGAAGAAUAUGAAAGGCUGGCCAGUGAGCUUCUGGAAUGGAUUCGUCGUACCAUCCCUUGGCUGGAGAACAGGACCCCAGAAAAGACCAUGAAAUCCAUGCAGCAAAAACUUGAAGACUUCAGAGACUACAGGCGCAAGCACAAACCUCCCAGGGUACAAGAAAAAUGCCAGCUGGAGAUUAAUUUCAACACCCUACAGACAAAGCUGAGGAUCAGUAACAGGCCGGCCUUCAUGCCAUCAGAAGGAAAGAUGGUUUCUGAUAUUGCUAGUGCAUGGCAGAGGCUUGAACAAGUGGAAAAAGGCUAUGAGGAGUGGCUGCUGAAUGAGAUACGAAGACUAGAACGUUUGGACCACCUGGCAGAGAAAUUCCGACAAAAGGCAACUAGUCACGAAGCAUGGGCUUUUGGAAGAGAGCAGACUUUGACUCAGAAGGAUUAUGAAACUGCCACACUGACUGAGUUACGUGCCUUGCUGCGGAAGCAUGAAGCAUUUGAAAGUGAUCUAGCUGCACACCAGGACCGAGUUGAACAGAUUGCUGCCAUCGCCCAAGAACUCAAUGAGCUUGACUAUCAUGACAUUGCUGCAAUAAAUGAACGCUGCCAGAAGAUUUGUGACCAAUGGGAUAAACUUGGAACAUUGACGCAAAAGAGGAGAGAAGCACUAGAGAGGACAGAGAAAGUGUUGGAGACAGUUGAUCAGUUAUACCUGGAAUUUGCCAAGAGAGCUGCUCCCUUCAAUAACUGGAUGGAAGGCGCCAUUGAAGAUUUACAGGACAUGUUUAUUGUACACACUGUUGAGGAAAUGCAGAGUUUGAUUACUGCCCAUGAACAGUUCAAGGCUACAAUGCCUGAAGCAGACUCAGAGAGGCAAGCUAUUAUGGGAAUCUUGAAUGAAUUGCAGAAGAUCGCACAGAGCUAUAGCAUCAGAGUUGUCAUUUCUAACCCGUACACCAUUAUCACCAUAGAAGAACUCCAGUCCAAAUGGGAGAAGGUCAAACAGUUUGUACCACAACGGGAUCAUGCCUUACAGGAGGAGCUUGCUCGUCAGCAUGCCAAUGAACGGCUACGGCGCCAGUUUGCUGCUCAGGCUAAUGUUAUUGGACCAUGGAUUCAAAACAAGAUGGAGGAAAUUGCUCACAGCUCAGUUCAGAUGACUGGAACUCUAGAGGACCAGAUGACUCAGCUUAAGAACAUUGAGCAUAAUGUAAUUAACUAUAAAUCUAAUCUUGACAAACUUGAAGGAGAUCAUCAGCUUAUACAAGAGGCCCUCAUAUUCGACAACAAGCAUACCAACUACACUAUGGAGCACAUCCGUGUUGGUUGGGAACUCCUUCUAACAACAAUUGCUCGAACAAUCAAUGAGAUUGAAACUCAGAUUCUCACCAGAGAUGCAAAAGGCAUCAGUCCAGAACAGAUGAAUGAAUUCAGAUCAUCAUUUAACCACUUUGACAGGAAGAAGCAAGGAAUGAUGGACACUGAUGAUUUCAGAGCUUGUCUAAUCUCAAUGGGCUAUGAUCUGGGUGAAGCAGAAUUUGCAAGGAUCAUGACCUUGGUUGAUCCCAAUGGCACAGGAGUAGUUUCAUUCCAGUCAUUUAUUGAUUUCAUGACCAGAGAGACUGCUGACACUGACACAGCUGAGCAAGUCAUAGCUUCGUUCAGAAUUCUGGCUUCUGAUAAGUCAUAUAUUUUUGUAGAGGAGCUACGUCGGGAACUGCCUCCAGACCAAGCUGAGUAUUGCAUCAAGAGAAUGCCUCCCUACUCUGGGAAAGGCAGUGUUCCAGGAGCCCUAGAUUAUGUCUCAUUCGCUACGGCAUUAUAUGGUGAAAGUGAUCUCUAACAAAGGAUCCCUAACAUAAGAAUGUCCAUGUUCUGUAUGAGUAGUGAUGUCUUUCUGAGUUUGUUUCAUUUAAGUUUUGGCAGGUUGACCUUACAGCUAAUGACUGCACCGUACCUGAAAAUAGUAUAAAUAGUAUGACAGAGACACAUUUACUGGACUAGCUAGCACUACAGUGUAUGCAGCACUAGAAACAAAUAAAGGAAUGUAGAGAUUUUUAUGUAAUGGUAUACAUACCAAACAUUAUUCUUUGUCACAGAUUCUGGUAAAAGAAUUAAAAUAUGAAGACUAUGUCAUCAAGCUAUAUAAAGAAUAAGUUAUGAUCCAGAAACAGACUUAACUCUGGCAUAGUAUUUUUACAUUCUACCUGAAAAAUCACACAAUACUGCCGCUAUCUAUUGGAUCUGUCCUUUUAAUGGACAAGACAGCUUAAAAGAAUCAUGUUUUAAUCUACCUGGAAAUGUAUGUUUUGUCAUGUUAAAAAAUAAAACUAGCCACAUCAACAACUGGUA